UGGAGAGAGAGAUAGAGAGGGUGAGUGUAUGUGUGGCCAGAGAGAGGACAGAAAGGCUGCUAGAGAGCUUGAAGGAGACGAUAGAGUGGGAGCGAUAGAGUGCUAGAUAAUGGAGGUGCAGUCGGAGUGUAUGGAGCCUCCUGUGGCCCCUCAGUGUGACCCUCAGCCCACAGGGAAGAUCAACAAAGCUGCCUUCAAACUCUUCGGAAAGCGGCGGACUGGCUCCGGGAUGGCCAGCUUCUUCUCCUUCAGGAACAAAGGGGCUGCAAACAGCGGGAAUAACGGGAAUUCUGACAAUGGGAAUUCUUUGAAUGGAAACAGCUCAGCAGCAUCGGUGGAGCUCGUUAGAAGCAAAACACACGAUGGACUAACGGGCUCUAACAACGAUGCUGAUGGACAGAGAGGGGAGGGGCUUGCUAGCCUGGAGGCGGGGCCGGUGAGGUCACUCAGCAAAUCACUGAGUUUCUUCUCUCUACUCCGACGUGGGAGUUUUCGGUCGAGUGAAAAUGGAGGGGCAGGGCUUGUCAGAAGAGGGAGGGGCCUAAAGGGCUUUUUUAGCAGCAUGCGAUGGAGACGCAAGGAAAAAACAAAUGAGGCAGAUGGGGAAGAGGUGGAGCAGAAGACGGAAAAGGAUGCAGAUACCGCUCACUCUGAAAAGGUAAAGGAUAUAACGCUCACCCUUGAGCCGCCUCCGCAUCAUCACCAAGUGGAUUGUGGGAAUGCAGAGGAAGAACCUAACCCAGAGACUCCCACCACUAGUGUUACCAUGACACCCGCACACUGUGUUGCCAUGCCAGGGCCAUCUGGCGAGCCAGACUCCCCCUUUCCUUACACACCCACCGACUCGCCGCUGCGCCCUCCAAUCCAAAAAGCCAAAGCCUCAAUUACCAGCCUCACCCCCUCCCUCGCUACACCCCCUCUGGAUCGCUGCAGUACUGGUGACCCACCCUCUGAACCCUCAGUGGACCGCCUCUGCUCUCUCCUCUUCACUGAUGUCACAUCCCUCAAGAGCUUUGAUUCACUGACGGGAUGUGGUGACAUUAUUGCUGACGCAGACGAGGAGGGGCCAGCGGGGAAUGGGGGUAGUGGCACCAGCAGCAGCAGCAGUGGGGGAGGAGGGGGGAGUGUGGGAGCGGGCGUUGGGCGAGCUGUUGGCGUUGCCAGUGCCACAUCCCGUGGCUCCCCAACCAAACCUUCGCAGUUGACCCAACCCAUGUUCUCUGUUUCCACAAGCUCAGUGCCUUCUUCCCUCCCAGCUCGGGCCCGGGCACCACCUCCACCACAGCAGCACCCACCCGGGAGUGGUGUGGUGGCCUACAUGGGUGGAGGGGAAGAAAUGGCAAGUCCUGAAGGAGUAGACGAUGCAGACAUGCAGGGGCUCUGGCACAUGUUGCCCUCAACAGGUGACAACUCCCCCGCUUUGCCUCGAUCACACCAACCUCCCUCCACUACCCCAACUUCCACUUAUCCCCCUCGUGCCACCUCCAACCCUGCCAGCAGCCAUCUGCCGUCAGCCCACAGGAGUGCAGACCGAAAGGUACCUCAGGUGAAGGCUUUGGGGCUUAGUAAGAUACCAGUAGUUGGCGCAGCAGGUGGCCGCACAGCUAGGCCACCCCUUCCUCACACACAUGGCCGUCAUCCCACAUCACCUGGAGAAAAAGAGCCACUUAGUGAUGAGGGCUACUGGGACACACCAUCAGCAACACCCACUGCAACACCCGAUGAGACCGGACUGCAGCGUAACCAGAGGAUGGCCCUGUCACGCGACAGUUGCUCUGGAGACCACCUGUACGACUUCUACAAUGACCCUGAGGAGGAAGGAGGGAAUGAACAGCAGGAGAGAGAUGAAGAUCUCAACAGUACUCCCUCUCCAUCCACAGAAUACAAACUUAGCCCCACUUCCCAUACAACUCCACCUUCCUCCUCUUCCUCUUCCUCUUUUCAGUCUAUGAAAGGCAGUACCAGCCUUCCUCGGGAAUCCAAGAUCCCAGUAAGCAACAGACAAACCACACCACCCCACUCAGUAAGCCAGUCAGCCCUCUCGUCUGUUCUAGAGGUUGAAUCCCCCCUGCCAAAGACCCAGGCCCCUCCCCCGGCUCGCACCAGAAUCCCUGUAUCCAAGGUGCCCAUCCGUCGUUCUGGAAACAAACCUGGCAGCACCACCAGAGGAUCUGCCCACAAGAAGUAGCUGCUGUCAAACAGGUGGUUCUCGCUUACUAACGUAUGGACUUCAGUGCUGUUUAUACAGAGCCAAAAGUUUUCCCAGACCAAGAAAAAUGUUGAGCUGUAGAGCUAACAGCCUAUAAAUUCCUCUCAAAUCUUAAAAGCUCUCAUUCCUUAAGUGUUUUGGCUCACAACAGGCUAGAAUAGAAUAAGUGGUUUUGUUCACUUGAGAAAGUCACGAGGAGACUCCAAAAAGCUGGGUUAACACUUCACAGCCCUCACUGGAACUUUGGAGGUUGACUCUUGACAAUCCAUGGACUUGCAAUAGACACAUUUGCCUUGUAACUUCCUGGAAAAUCUCCUGACCUGCUGACAGUUCAACAGCUCAUGACUGCACACUGCAAAAAAGAAGAAAAAAAAGCAGAGCACCUUUGAUCUUUUACAUUUUUCUCAUGGAACUCCACAUGGCAUAACAUAAUUUGCUCAUACGGACCUAAUCAAAUCUUUUUUUUUUUUUCCUGAUUUUGUCUUCUUGUCUAAUCUGUAACAAAUUACCUCCUAAUCCUUUGAUUUUAGAGCCAAAGUGAAAAGAAAAACCCAUUCUUCAUUUCACAGCCAAUUUCUACAGCCUGGAAUAACCCACCAUUUUUUGUUUGGCUAUUAUAUAUGAGUUUUGUUUUUUUUUUUCUUUUUGAAGAUGGUCUUCUCCUGACCGCACACUGAUUAUUAACUGUACAAAAGUACAAAGGAACACUGAGAUCCGGUUUUA